AUGCCUCCAAGUUGCGGUGUUGGUUUCAUCUCAAUUGCAGCCGUGUCUGCUGCAGCCUUCAACAUGUCGGACUUCGUGGCAAAAGAGUCCAAGAAGAAAACAUCGGAUCACAAGAUCUUGAAAACAUUCUUGAUUCUCUUGGCAAUCGCAAUGAAUUCCUGGUUUUCAACAAUCUACCUUCCAAAUGACGAAUUCAUCGAUUCAUUGGGUGAUUAUCCACGUCACAAUGGCACGGCAUAUGGUAAUUCUACAACACUUCCAAUCAAGAAUGGUAAACCUCGUCAUCUGGCUCUAAGCGCUUUUGCCACCGCCAUCUAUUUUGCACUUCAUGUGAGUCUAUGUAUUCAGAUUCAGAAUAAAAAAAUAAAUCAAAUUCAGACUCUGAACUAUGGAGCAAUGCUGAACCUAUCAAGCGACUUUUGUCAACAUCUCGCCAACACUCGUCCCCAAAUUUUUCUCAAAAUCAUCUCCCAAAAAGCGUUGUUUUGUAUUCUGUGCUGGGCAUUAUUCUCGCUGAUGGUUCUUGGUUAUGUGGUCAUUGCUCCAUUACAAAAAUGUCAUGUUAUUGUUAAUUUGGCGCCGGAAACUUGGGUCAACAAAUAUAUCGGGGAAGAGGUAUGGAAAUUAUUACUGGGGGGGGCUACAAUGUAGCUCCAUGAUGACGUUUUGCAAAGUAUUUUUUUUCCAAGUUCACAAGUGAUCACGAUCACGUCAUAUUAACUGUUGAACAUAACUGUGAACAUGAUUUUUUUCCUGGUUUCAACUUCUAAAAUCAACUUCUAAAAAAUUUUUCUUCACAACCAUGAAAAAUUACUGUUUCAAAAUUUCAAUAUACUAUUUUAUGUAUUUUUCGAAAAUUAAUGCUUGUCUCUCGUUGAUUUCAUUGACAAAAUAUUUUUCCAAUGAUAUUAUUAGCUCUAAAUAAUAAUUUUGACAUCACAUAAGUUCGCCUAACUGUUUUGAUUCGCUGAAUUAAUUUUAUCAAGUGGGGAAGGAUGUAAAUAAUUUAUUACCCUUAACAAUAAGCCUCUUAUGCUAAAAGUUUAAGUCCCUUUUAAAAUCUAAAUCCUAAUUUAAAAUCUAAAUCUUAAGUGUGAAUCGAAAGGUUUUGUCAUCAAUAAUAUUUUUUUCAGAUGCUUCUAACUUCAAUCCUUCUCAUUCUGUUCUAUGUUCCAAAUUAUUACUAUGAUUUGAAACAGCGUCAAGAUCCAGAAAGCAAUUCAGAAAAAUACUCAUCUUAUGUAACCUUUCUAACAAGAAUCGGUUUGGCUUCCUCAUUCUUUAUUAUAUCCGCGGUUUCAUUUGGUCAAAUCAAUCUUCCAUUUUUCGGACAAUUCUUCGUUUUUCUACCAUUCCAAAUAAUUUUGGCGGUGGAAAGCACCGAAUUUUUCCGGUUGGUUUUUUUGUGAAAUUUUAAUUUUAAUUAAAAAAAAUUUAAGAUUUAUGCUAAAUAUUUCAGAAAAGCUAUCAACUGGGAAAUUUUUGGUCCCAAAAGAUCAACAGUCAAACCGUUUGCUUUGGAUGCAAUUCCUUGA